AUCUGUUAAGUCAAGAAAAGAAAAGCAUUGGGACCGCGACAGGACAUGAAAGUCAGAAAGUGACUCCUCUCAUCUCUCUCCCAUCCCCAUGUGAUCUGAUGACACUCUGCACACUCACAAAGUCACCAGUCCACAACACAGCUCUGUCUCUCUGCCAUCUUUCUAAAUUAUUUCAUUCACCUCAACACAAAACUUAAGAAGAUAACCAAAAACAGAUUCAAUAGUAACACACGAUGCCAUCAUUGUCUUGUUGGUUCUUCACAACACUUCUAUGCUUCUUCUUCUUCUUAGAUACUGCUUUUUCUGGUGACCCUUUUGUUUACUUUGACUGGUCUGUAUCAUACACCACAGCAUCCCCACUUGGAGUUAAACAACAGGUAAUUGGGAUCAAUAAGCAGUUUCCUGGACCAAUUCUAAAUGUCACCACAAACUGGAAUGUGGUUGUCAAUGUGAAGAACGAUCUUGAUGAACCCUUACUUCUGCAUUGGAAUGGUGUACAACAUAGGAAAGACACCUGGCAAGACGGAGUUUCAGGAACCAAUUGUCCAAUUCCAGCCGGCUGGAAUUGGACAUACGAGUUUCAAGUUAAAGAUCAGAUAGGGAGUUUUUUCUAUUUCCCUUCACUAAACUUCCAGAGAGCUUCUGGAGGAUAUGGAGGAAUUAUCAUAAACAAUAGAGCAGUUAUUCCUGUUCCGUUUGGAUUGCCAGAUGGUGAUGUUACAAUAUUUCUCAGUGACUGGUACACCAAAAGUCAUAAGGAUCUCAGGAAGGAUGUGGAAAAUGGCGUUGAUCUUGGAAUUCCCGAUGGUGUUCUUAUCAAUGGAUUUGGUCCUUAUCGCUACGAUGACACACUUGUCCCAAAUGGCAUAUCUUACCAAAUAAUAAAUGUGGAACCUGGGAAAACAUAUCGCAUACGGGUUCACAAUGUCGGUAUCUCAACAAGCUUGAAUUUCAGGAUUCAAAAUCACAACUUACUUCUAGUGGAGACUGAAGGAUCAUACACAGUCCAGCAAAACUACACAAACAUGGAUAUUCAUGUUGGUCAGUCAUAUUCAUUCUUGGUUACGAUGGAUCAAAAUGCGAGCACUGAUUACUACAUUGUUGCCAGUCCUCGGUUUGUUAAUUCAUCAUGGACUAGAGCUACUGGAGUUGCCAUUUUGCACUACGCUAAUUCUCAGGGUCCUGCUUCUGGUCCUCUUCCUAGUCUUUCUGAUCAAGAUAAUCCUUCUUUCUCUAUAAAUCAAGCAAGAUCAAUAAGGUGGAAUGUGUCUGCCGGUGCUGCACGUCCAAACCCACAAGGUUCCUUCAAAUAUGGAGACAUUACUGUCACUGAUGUAUAUGUUAUUGUGAAUAGACCUCCAGAGCUUAUAAAUGGAAAGUGGCGAACUACCCUUAAUGGUAUAUCAUAUUUACCACCUUCAACACCCUUGACGCUUGCACAACAUUAUAAAAUUCUUGGGGUGUACAAGCUUGAUUUUCCAAAUAGAUGGAUGAACAGGCCUUCUAAAGUUGACGUAUCUCUCAUUAAUGGCACUUACAGAGGUUUUAUGGAAAUAAUCUUUCAAAAUAAUGACACCACUGUCCAGUCCUACCAUUUGGAUGGAUAUGCAUUCUUUGUUGUUGGCAUGGAUUUUGGAGCAUGGACUGAAAAUAGCAGAAGUACUUACAAUAAGUGGGAUGGUGUUGCUCGCUGCACGACACAGGUCUUUCCUGGGGCUUGGACAGCCAUUUUAGUAUCUCUUGAUAACGCUGGCAUUUGGAAUCUUCGUGCCGAGAACCUCAACUCCUGGUAUCUAGGCCAAGAAUCUUAUCUUCAAGUUGUAAACACAGAGAAUGAUAGUAAUGAAAAUUCUUUGCCUGAUAAUGCAAUAUAUUGUGGCCUACUUUCCUCCCUUCAAAGGGACCAGUCUCACAAAUACCAGUUUUCUGUAGGAUCACCUAGAAGCAGUAAUUCUAGAAUGAUAUUAUUCAUGUUAUUAUUCCUAGCUCUAAUUGAAAGUUUGUAUGGUAUGUGUAGUGUUAAACAUUAAUGUCAUCUAAAACAAAAAACAAGGUCAUUCUUUGUAAUACGAGGCUACCCAUUUUAAGAUUUAGAUGGGCAUUGCCAUUGAAUAGGAAAUUUUGCUUGUAUAACAUGUUGGACAAACUUUUUAUAGAUGUAAUCAUAACUGUGAACUUUAUAUAGAUGUAAUCAGAACUGUAAACUAGGAGAUAUGCACGGUCAGUGUAAACUAGUUUUACACUUGCAACUGAUUCUAGCUUGAGAAGUA